UGCUACGUCAAGCCCGACAGAAUUAAGAGGCGACGGCACCCCGGCCACCAUCACGGAGGAAGUAAGUGAUGAUUUUGCGUGAAAGACGUGUAAUGACGAUGAAGAUGAUGCGUUUCAUGGCGGGCGCCAGCGCGCUGUAGAGGACAAGGAUGAGCAGGCGGCCAUCGGUGCUCGCCUUGGCGGCACUCCUGCUGAGCAUAUCCCCGGACAGGACUGACGGCAGCGGCGGAUCGGCGUUGGAUUCUGGACCGCAGCCCAGGUGGCGCCGCGGCAACGGCAGCCAUGAAAGCGCCACUUCCGGCUUCUUCACCAGCGCGUCCGAAGAGCCGCCGCCGCCGCAGCUGUGCGCCUACCAGGUGACGGAGGGCGGCGUCGGCGGCCCGCUCUGCUUCCGCCACACGCUGCCGGGCUACACGUGCCAGCGGGCGGACUGCAGGUCGGCGGUGUCCUCGGGCAGCCUCGCGGCGAACAUCCUCCUCAACGGCAGCGUGCUGCUCCAGUGGCGCCGAGACGGCGACGGCGACGUGCCGGCGUCGUCGAGUGUCUUCGCCGGGCGCCGCCACAGACGCCGAGGCUACGAGCUGAGCUGCUGGUGGAACGGCAGCUACACGCAGUUCGAGUGCGCCGGCGUCCACCUGGGCGCGGGCUGCGGCGACUUCCUGCUGACGGAGCUGCACGAGAACAUCCCCUACCGCGUGUGCCUGCGGGCCGCGGCCCGGAGGAGCGGCGGGCGCGGGGACUGCGUGGAGUUCGUCCUGCCGCCGUCCGGGAUGCAGGAUAUCGUCAUCGCCAUGACGACGGUCGGGGGAGCCAUUUGCGUGAUGUUGGUCAUCAUCUGCUUGCUGGUGGCGUACAUCACGGAGAACAUCAUGAGCCCCUCCUCGCAGCACACCUAUUCCUACCGCACGCACUCGCGACACUGAGGUCACCGCCAUCCGAUGUCACCCGUCCAUCGAGCGCAACAUUAAUGUGCCGCAGGGGUGUCCAAAUUGCGCCCCUGGUGCCAUCUUCUGCCCGCAAUCAGUUUUUUUUAUUGGCCCUAACAAUUAUUAUUAAGGAGAAUUAUUAUUAGAUAUUACACAUGUUACAUGUUGAUGAUUUGUUUGCUGCUUAAUCAUCACGGAGCCCGUUUGAUUGAUCGAUUGAGACUUUUAUUAGUAGGUUGCACAGUGAAGUACAUAUUCCGUACAAUUGACCACUAAAUGGUAACACCCGAAUAAGUUUUUCUACUUCUUUAAGUCGGGGUCCACUUAAAUUGAUUCAUGAUACAGAUAUAUACUAUCAGAUAUAUUAUCAUCAAAAUACAGUCAUCACACAAGAUAAUCACAUUGAAUUAUUUAAAUUAUUUACAAUCUGGGGUGUGGAGGGGGGUUAGGUUUGGUUGUUAUCAUCAGUCAUUAACAAUUGAGAACGGAGAAAUGGAUAUUGGAACAGUGUAGGUCUGACUUGGUAGGAUAUGUACAGCAAGUAGUGGACAUAGAGAGAGAGAGAGAUCAGAAGACAUAAGAAAAAGUAUUUGCAUUUGAUUGUUUACAUUUGAUUAUUAACAAUCCGGGGAGGGUGUUAGUUUAGGGUUGUAGCUGCCUGGAGGUGUACUUUUAUUGCGGUUUUGAAGGAGGAUAGAGAUGCCCUUUCUUUUAUACCUGUUGGGAGCGCAUUCCACAUUGAUGUGGCAUAGAAAGAGAAUGAGUUAAGGGGCAGGGGUCCCCAACCUUUUUUGCACCACGGACCGUUUUAAUGUGGGCAUUAUUUUCUCACUUGUGCCAGAUAAAUACAGCAAAAAUAAGCAUGAAAACGCCAAAUUGUUUCUUUGCAAUGAGAUCCACUGCAUUAGAAGGUCCAUCCUGAGAUCGGUAGGUCGUGAGUUCAUACCAAAGACUAUAAAAAUGGGACCCAUUACCUCCCUGCUUGGCACUCAGCAUCAAGGGUUGGGAUUGGGGGUUAAAUCACCAAAAAUGAUUCCCGGGCAUGGCCACCGCUGCUGCUCACUGCUCCCCUCACCUCCCAGGGGGUGAACAAGGGGAUGGGUCAAAUGCAGAGGACACAUUUCACCACAACUAGUGUGUGUGUGACAAUCAUUGGUACUUUAACUUUAACUUACAAUCAACCUGCUGGGGACUGCAGAUGGAAAUCAUCCUUGGGCUACAAUUUGUCACAUCUCUAUUUUAUAUGUUCAUUGGUGUGCAUUGUAUCAUGUCACAAAGUUAGAACCAAUGGCGACUUCCUAUGAGGAGUUUUAUUGUACAUCUAUAAACAAGCUUAUUGGUGUGUCUAGUGGGACAGGCAAAAGUUAAGUCGGACAAAAAGCAGUCGUUUACAAAUUAUUUAAUGUUUCUUUGCGGCCCCUAUAGCAAAUGCGUCACGGACCGGUGGUUGGGGACCACUGCAUUACGGCACACCAUGCACCGACAGAAAUGGCUAACUCCUGCCAUCUACUGGGAGAGCACUGAAUUAUUCACGUGGUAGGCUAUACCAGGAGCUAGCAGCUACACAACAGAUAAGCACACAAUAGCGCACAAGCAAGGCAUAUGAUAAAAGGGUCUUUAACUGAACAAUAUUAAAGUCUCAAAAAGCACAUUUGUCAAUAUAAACAAGUAUUAAAUAAUUAAAUUUGAUUUAAAAAAGUAUCCAGUAACAAAUGUGUCCACGUCGUUCAAUUUACUGUGUCAUGAGGUUGAUUUAAUGAAUUAUUGUCACUAAAAUCAAAUUAUCACCCCAUUUAAAAAACUUAAGUCUGUCAUAAGGUUACUGUUUUUUUAUACCUGCAAUUGUUUUUGAAUAAUUUCACUUGAUGAAGCCGUUUUCUAAUAUUCCAAACUAUGAGUCAAAUAAUAAUGGUUUUGGCCAAUAGUCCAAUAUUGUUAUAUAGUAUCGGAAGUGAAUUCUUCUUACAUACAAAUGCCCAUCCAUCCAUCCAUUUGAGCAAAAUACGGUUAAUAGUGCAAAAAACUAAUAAUGCAAUAUUUGAACAACAGUCAAUUUUUUUUAUUGGCCCUAACAUUUAUUAUUAAUGAGAUGUAUAUUACAGGUGUUACAUGUUGAUGUGUUAGCUUACCACGGUGUUUCUUAAUUAUCACGGAGCCAAGGCACAUAUUUGACAUCCAUUAAGGCACACCAUGCACCGACAGAAAUGGCUAACUCCUGCCAUCUACUGGGAGAGCACUGAAUUAUUCACAUGGUAGGCUAGCAGCUACACGACAGCUAAGCACACAAUAGCGCACAAGCAAGGCAUUUGACAAAAGGGUCUUUAACUGAACAAUAUUAAAAUCUAGAACAGCACAUUUGUCAAUAUAAACAAGUAUUAAAUAAUUAUAGUUGAUUAAAAAAAAGUAUCCAGUAACAAAUGUGUCUGCAUCGUUCAAUUUACUGCGUCCUGAGGUUGAUUUAAUGAAUUAUUGUGACCGACAGGUGUCACUAAAAUCAAAUUAUCACCUCAUUUAAAAAAAAACUAAGUCUGUCAUAAGGUUACUGUUUUUUUUAUAUCUGCAAUUGGUUUUUGAAUAAUUUCACUUGAUCAAGCCGUUUUCUAAUAUUCCAAACUAGAAAAUAACAAUAACAAAAGUACACUAUGAGUCAAAUAAUAAUGGUUUUGGCCAAUAGUCCAAUAUCGUUAUAUAGUAUCGGAAGUUAAUUAUUCUUACAUACAAAUGCCCAUCCAUCCAUCCAUUUGAGCAAAAUACGGUUAAUAGUGCAAAAAACUAAUAAUGCAACAUUUCAACAACAAAAUUAGUUUAAGAUUGACUUGAGAUUUCAUAAUUAUUGAAUGAUUUGUGUUAAUUUGCCUCUAGUUAGUUGAUUAUGAUUAUGAUAACCCAGGGAUUUUUAAAAAUUUAAAUCAACAUGUUUUAUUACAUUAAUGCAAUGAUGUAUUAGGAUGACAUUAAGUAAAUAAAAAAUAGAAUAAAAUGUGUGUUUUUUGAUAAAAAAAAAUAGUUUUAAAAGGAUGAAUUUAAAGGUGCCAUAUGUAGUAAUGUGGCUAUAAUUGGUACUGCAAUCACGGUCAAAAUUCUGUAGUCCCCUCCCACUCUCCGUGACUGAGGUUGCCAGAUACGCAGCCGGAUCCGAAUCCUACAAAGAACUUCAAAUGGCAUAAACAAAAGAAACCUACGCUGUACGUUUCUCUUGUUUAUGAUUCUUGCAAGAUGGUUUACUAAGUAAUUAAGCCACAUUUUACUCUUGUCGAUUAGCCAAAUGUAUUUGUAAAGUCACACAGAAAUAUUUUAGUCGGGACAGAUUGUUGGUUUUUCCCUACUAAAAUGUCUAGUUGGACCAUCGAUAAAUAAUUAUAUAUAAUAAAAUAUUAUAUAUGGCAUAGGCCUACUGUGAUGGCAAGCCAAGGCCGACAGUAAAAUGACCGCCACAUUUCGUUCAGCAUAACUCCACGUAGCAUCCAACCUGACGCACUGCAUUCUCUUCCAUGUAUGCACAUCACCAUCUUUCAGUGCAGAGUGUGAUUCUAUGAGCCAACCCACGUUACGCAAAAACCACGUUACGCAUAAAUCAUAUAGCCUACUACCAUGUCAGUACACAAAGUUAAAGAUCAUUGCAUGUAAUGCAUUAUAUUGUGCCAAGCAAAUACCACCCCAUAUGUGUUUGAUGCACAUACGGUGCCAGAAACCGCAAUUAGCCGUGCUAAUGUUGGAACAAAUUUCCUCAGUGUAUCAGCAUAUUGACAACAAAAUAGGCACUGACACUACCCAUAUCCACAUAGUUUUAUUUGUCGAAAAUAUAUUUAUCUCUGUCAGUUGGAUGACACAUUGACAUACAUGCUAACAGGCAUACAUUUCCCCCGUUAGCUAAUAUGUCGAUGUGUCAUUGACCGGGCUAGCAUGCUAAGUAUUACACAAGGAGCUAAGCACCAUCACACUAAGCAUUUGUUGCAGGAACAUACUAGCUUUGUUAGACAAGAUCAUAGACUGUAUUGGACAAUAUCGUUUACAUACAAAAUGUCCAUUUCCAUUUAUUACAAGUAAUAAGAAAACGUAAAUGCCGGACUUACCUAUCAAGGAGGAAAUUAGCAAGUUAGGCGUCAGAUGAAAAAAUCUUCUCUGCCUUCAAUCGUCUCCAUCUUUCAAAGGCAUCCCCAAUACAAAUCCUUGUUUUGUUCCUGGCUUUGUCAUGAAUAAGUUGAGAAUCGUAAUGAUGCAUCUUAGAUUUACUAAGGUCUGACAUGUUUAGUAUAUUUACCAGUGGCAGUAGCCAGACGAAGGUGGCGGUGCGUAACUGGCAACCUGGAUGUGACACACUCACAGACUUUUUAAUUGGUUAAACGGUGGAGGGCGGGACAUUGAAAUUAAAACAUUAACAAGAUUUCGGGGCUGUAAAUUAAAUUUUGAAAUGAGCAUAUCCCGGCUGAACUACUGUUAUCAGUUAUAAAGAUAUUGGAAAAGAACAUGGUUUAUUAAUGCCUUUUGACAUAUCAGGGCCAUGUAAUGAGGACUUGACAUGAAAUUAUUACAUAUGGCACCUUUAAGUAAAAUAAUGACUAUUACCUUAAACUACAGUGCAGCAAUGAGAUGGCAACUUGUCCCGGGUGUACUCUGCCUUCCGCCUUAAUGGAUAAACUACACUGAAAUAUUUAAGAAAAAAUGUUACUCGUGCAAAAUGAUAAAAAUGUAACUUAGGGAUGUGCCGAUCGGUAUUAGACGAUUUUUGUGAAAAAGUGUAACAUUGGCCAUUGCCGAUUUAUGUCUUUUAAUGCCGAUUGCAAACACCGGUCCUGUCUGACCCUGACAGUAUUUACUAUUGGUCACAGUGCUCCAUACACAGUGUGGAGCCACUCCCCUACGCUAACAAUAACUGCAUCCAUUACGGCCAUUUCUAGUUUCUUAAGUAUCAUUAUCAAUUACAGUUAUCACUGGAACACGAGACUAAACAAGUUAACCACAUUCAGCAGGUCAGGAGAUGGCAUGCUAAUAGCUAGCUUAAAACAACACCAAGAAAAAAGUGCUUAGUAACCUUGAAGAAAACCUUAAAAAUUAACUAGUAAUUUAAUAAGAACCUAAAGAGAGGAUAAUAUAACAAAUGUUUGUGUCACAGUUAGUACACAACACGUAAAUUCAUGAACUACCAGACAUGGUAGUAAUUAGAUAGCUUUAUUUUCUCUAUCAUGUUGCUGUCGUUAUUGUUAUUGUUUACAAACUCUGUAAAUAAUUCCAUGGACACAGGAAUAAGGACGAAGUGUAAAUAUAUUGUUACACUGUCAAUAGCACUCACCAUAAAUAAAUUGAAAAAUGUACAGUUAAUACAAGCUCUGUAUCAGUAUUGGUAUCGACCAAUCUCACUCAUGGAUGAUCAGAAUCAACAGCAUUGAACCCUGAUUGGAACAUCAAUGUAAAUUGCAGUCAGAUGUUUAUGAAAAAUAAAGUUAAUAGUGAGUGGAGCAGGGAGGAGGAGCAAAGUGUGCCUGAGUAGGCGAGAGAGAGCGAUGCGCUGUUGGCACUGACAGGCGAGAAGAGACACUGCGGUCACAUAAACUCACAGGAAAAUCGGGAAAUUUGAUAAAAGUACAAAUGGGAAAUCUGAUACCAAUACCCAUCUUGGUAUCAAUACUUUCGACAUUUCCAUACACACACCCACCCCUAAUAAUGAAAAACAAUCUGUAGAAAAGAGUAAAUCGGAGUCGUGGUUUGAUUGUCAGGCUAACGCUACGAAGACACGGAAGGAGAUUUUUACAACAAAGUUCUAAAGCUUAUUGAUAGAUGUAUUAGUUUGUAGGUGGGGUUUUUUUUUACCCUUCGCGUUCAUAUUUCGCUGUGUUUGUUGCAUUUUUGUUGCGUUUCGCUUGAUUGUAAAAUAUGUCGAUCGAGAGGGGCUGUGACGUUAACAUGUUGUCAAUAUUCAGUGUUUUAUCCUUCAUAGUUAAUAUUGUAAAUCACACAUUCUUUAUUUUCAUGUAAAUUCUGGGUGUCUCAUUCAGUAAAAAAACGUAAAAUUCCAUUCCGUUUUCUAAGGCGGUCUGUUAUAACGUUUUUAGCAUUCAACCAGACAUUAUUGUGAGUUUUUGUAUUGGUGUUCCUAAAAAUAUAUAUACCGGCCCGCAGACACAUUUUUCUCUCUAAAUUUGACCCCAGAGUCAAAAUAAUUGCCUAGACCUGCUCUAAUCCGAGUCUGCAUCAGCCACACUGCCUGCUUGACUAUUUGAAUUCCAUGACAAUAUUAUUUUUUAUAUUACGAUCACCUCACUGCAGGUUUUGAGGCCAGAUUCUAACUAAGCUGCAAAGCUUCUGUAGCCUCCAUCUUAUACACAUUGAUACGUACAUACAUGUAUCCCAUAGUAUCACGUAACUAUCAAUUAUCACCGACAACCUAUUUGCAGAUUUGAUUUUUUUUUUUUAAAUCACAAAACUUUCAGUGCGAUCAGCAAUGCUCUCACAUUAAUGUGCCGUGGGCCGUGGCGCAGUGGUUGACAAUCGCUGGCUUUGCAUACAUCAGUGGGGUUUUUUAAACUAUCGUCCAUUGUUGGGCCACCAAAAAAUAACUGUCAGCUGUGGCCCGUAUGAGCCGCAGGGGUAUUCAGUUGUAAUACACUUUUCCACCACUUGUGGCAGUAAUGACAAUACAAACAAACAGAAGAAAUCUAAAGCCAAAGUCAUACAGAAAUUACUUCAGCGCAAAAAAUAUGACAACUUGGGUUUUUUUUUUUGCACUUUAAUUUUUAUACAAGAAACAUCUAUUUUUUAUUAUUUAUUAAUGAUUUGGUUAGAAUGUAUUUAUUUUAGCACUACAUAAGUGUAUGUACAUUUUAUUUUUCAUCAGUUUUUUAUGAGUCCCCUCUUUUGCGUUAUAGUUGAUAAGUACUUAUAUUUCAAAUCAACCUGACCUAAACCUUGAUAAUAAUCUCUGUGAUUAACACAUGGUUUCAUACCAUUUGACAAGGUUUAUCCUGUUAAAUUGUAAGUAGGUUAGAUAUCAUUAUUAAAUGUGGUUCAAAUCAAGAGUAACAUUUCUAAUUCACUGUUAAUAUUUGAGUGGGUCCCAGACCCCCUCUGUAGUGGAAAAGUUGGACCCGAGGUCAAAAAGCUUAAGUACCCCUAGCAAAGAUGUCCCCAAAUUACGUCCCGCCAGCAUCCAAAAUCCGUCCCGCGGGUAGUCCCAAGUAAAACAAUAUAUAUAUUUUCUACCACUUGUUACUCUCAGGGUCUCCUAGCCGCUCAGACAAAUCAUUUUGUCUAAAAAUAAAUGUUCCCAUCGAUAACGUGACAUCAUCAGGUGCACACUCAGUCAAUUAGUGCACGAGGGGAAAAAAUGUCGAAAUUGUUGGGGAAACGUAAAAUAGACUCAGAUUGUAGAGUUUUUAAGCAUCAGUAGACAGUGUAAGGAAAAGGCAGUUUGUCUAAUCUGCAAUGAGGCAGAUUAUAUACUGUGUAUAUAUAUAUAUAGUUGAGGUUACUGUGGUUUAUCCAUUAUACAGUGCUCAAAACAGGGGUAGAGCGGAAUAUACGUUAGGUCAGGAAAAAACACAGAGGGUAUUUCAUCCCUACAAGCCUGUUUUGCAGGUUUCCCUGCUCUUCAGGGGAUUUCCUGAAUAUAUAUAGCCUGGCCCCUGGCCAAAUUUCUUUAACCCAAUGCUACCCCCGGGUCAAAAAGUUUGGGGACCCCUGCCCUAGCAUAUAUGAUAUACAUUGGAUGUAUUAUCUGUAAUGUACAAAAUGUGCCAAAGUUAAGACCCCCCCCCCUCUUUAAUUGUUUUGUCUGCUGCAAUCACUGAAGAGUUUGGACACCCCUGUUCUAUAUGGUGUACAUCAUGUUUCUCCUUCAAGCCUUUUGUGAAGUCUCAUGACGUUUGAGGACGUCCAUGUUUUGUGCCACUUCAGAGACGUUCCCCUCGAAGAAUUUGGCUUUGGAAGCUUCACCGUCCUUUAGUCUUUCUUUGUUGCGUUCAAGGCCUGUCAGGGAGUGUGUUCAUCUGUACGCCGGCAGUAAACAGCAAUAUGAUUCAUGAAAGGCUUUGAAAUACAAUACAGUACAUCCCAUUAUCUAAUGUUUGUGUCCUCACUGUAAAAGACACUCCAGUGAAUCACAUUCCUCUGUAUGAAGGGCAAUACGAUCUCUAAAUACUGUACCAAACACCGUGAACUACAAUACUUUUGUGUCCUUCUCUG